AUGGAGGAAAAAAAUCUUAAGAUACCAUGUCCAAGAUGGCACUUAGAUGAUAUUUUAAAUGAUGAAAAACUAAUAAAUAAGGAGGAACCAAUAGAAGGAUAUAAUAUAUAUUCAUAUGUAGUAUCAUUUAAAGUAUUUGGCACUUUAUGUACUUAUCUAAUGAUAUUGUCAUACUUGAUUGGUUGGGUUUCUUAUACCUGGAAUAAGGAAGAACUAAAAUAUGUUCUUCGUGAUAAAGCUCAUGUAAAAUAUGGAAAUAUGUUUUUUAAAUGUCUUAGAUAUGAAGAUGAAGAUUAUGGUGUAAUUCCAUCAUUAUUUAAUUUACGACUUUUAGUACCAUUUCCAAAUUAUUUUAUGAGAAUUUCAGUAUUAACAUUAAUAAUAACACGAUUUUUUAUAUCUUAUGGUCAUCAUAUUGGAGUAAAGAUAAGAAAGGAUAAAAUAAUUACUAAAUUACUUCAAAAUGAUAAAAAAAUUGUCAAAAAAGAUAAGUUAGAGGAUUAUAGAAAAUUUUAUGAUAGAAUUAUUCCUACUAUACCAGCAAUUUUUGUUUUAGAAUUACUUUGUUUUGCCAUGGUUCUUAUUAUUCAUCCAGCAUUAGAUAGUAAAUCAAUUUAUAAGAUAUUUUUUAUUCUUUAUAUAUUAUUUUCAAUAUGUCACAUGAUUUUAAUUGUCAGAAGUAAUAUGUAUAAAUUGGAAUACAAGAAUUUUGAUAGAAAUUUAUUAGAUUGUCAAAUGGUAUCAGUGAUUCUUUAUAUUGUGUCUAGUCCUAUUACAGCUGUCUAUCAUUUAUCAUUUACAUCGGAUAUUCUUUGUUCCCCAUUAGUAUCAUUAUAUGUUUUUUUUAUGGAAUUGAUAAUGAUUAUAAGUUAUUUUGUCUUUCAUAUUUCACUAAUGUAUGAUGUCAAAAACAUAGAUUUCCUUUUUAUGGCAACCCAAAAUGAUAUAUAUUUUGAUGUUACAGAAAAAUUUGAAGAUAAAUAUUUCCCAGAAAUGUAUAGAGAAUAUUGUGAGAAGUAUAAUAUAGAGAAGAAUUUUAAAACUGUUAAAGAAAAUAACAGAAAGAUAAAAAAUAAUUAA